AUGAAGCCUCGUCCUAACGGCCGAUCGGACCCCGACGCCACGGCACCCACCGUCCCUCUUCCUCAUACUUCAGCGCCAUCCUCCUCGUCAGCCUCGAUCUUGCCCGCGCACUCCUCGGCCCCUUCCACUGCUUAUCCCCCUUUUCAGCAUGUCCCUCCCCCCAUGAUGGACGUCGAUCAUGGUACCGUGGCUGAAGAUCGUUCGCGUCGAGCCACUAGCGUUCUGUCCAUGGAUGACCUCGAAGCCGCCCAAGCCCUCGAGGGCCUCCGUACUGACGACCUCGCUGAACCCCCCGACUCCAAGCCGCAACCCGAGCCCCUCCUGUCCCUCCUGACCUCCACCCAUCCCCUGAUCUCGUCCGCUAUCAACGGCUCGGUGUCGGCCUACACGAACUCCAAAUCCUAUUCUCCGCGCUUCAAGUCGAGCGCCGAAUUCAUCGAGCGCAACAUCGGCUCGCCGGUCGCCAACACAGUUGGCACCGUGGGUCGGAAGACGGGCGUGGAAAGUGGCCUGCGGUGGGCUUUACUGCGUCGAGCCUCCUCUUCCGCCCAAUCGAGUCGGUCUAAACGCCGGAAAGUCAGUGGAGAGCAGCAUCCGACCGAGGUGGACGUAGAGAAGGGUCCGGAUGACACGAUGGAGUCCCCGCGGAUGCGCAGCCCUUCGGACCUGUCGCCAGCCGAGGUUCCUCCGCCAUACGAUGAUGAGAAAUCUCCAAACUAUGACGAGGUUAAUCGGAACAGUCCCUCCCGGCAGACUCCGCCCACGUGGCAGAGCCGCUUGAUGAUCUCUACGUCGGGAUUGGGCGUGGCUAUGAGCGAGGAAUCGCUCCGGAGCUUGCAGUAUUGUCUAACUUGGUUGCGCUGGGCGAAUGGACGGCUGGACAAGGCUAUCGAUGCGCUGAAGACGGCCCUGAAAGAAUGGGAUAGCUCGAGGCAGCAGAGUGACGAUGCUGCCACCGGGUCCGACGCCUCGAGCACCACCCUCCUCUCGCAGCGGAUCCAGGCCGUCAAAGAGGAUGUGCUGUCGACAUUGAAACGUGUGGUGGACAUUGUCUCGAAGUACGCCGGGGGGGCGCUCCCUGAAAAUGCGCGGAAUCUGGUCCGCCGGCAUCUCACCUCCCUGCCGCACCGGUUCCAGGUUGCAUCGACCUCCAACCCGCCGCCGGAUUCGAUGGCGGCUGCCUCGGAUGCCACCGUAGGCGCCCACCGGAUCCUCGUAUUGGCUCAGGAAGGGUUGGACAUGAUGUCGCAGGUCAGCGGGGUAGUCAACGACACCCUCGUCAGCGCCGAACUGUGGUGCGAGAGACUGGGUCGGAAGCGCUCCGAAGGCAAAAAUAGCGCGGAGGUCCAACCACCCCGAGAGCACGACGAGCCAUACCCGGCGGAUGUCAAGCUGCCUAUUCAGGAGCCUUCUCCCCGAGAUGUCUCUAUGACUGGUAUGGAGAAGGCCUGA